AAGAAACAAAAAAAAAAAAGAAAAGGGGGAAGAAACUUGCCCUAACAAUACCCGACCCGGUCUGCCAUCAGUUUUUGCUCUCUCUCUCUCUAUAUAUAUAUAUCUGAUAGGCAGAUUGGUGCUUGCGAUAGCCGCCGACGGCACCUCGCCACCGACUCACGGCACCUCUGGGACGAAAUCUGUGAAGAGUGUAUUUUAAAUGGCAAGAGAGAAUGAGAGAGUUGUAGUUUGCCUUUGCCGUUGGGGUGGCAAAAAAGAAACAAAGGAAAACGGGCAAACAACGUAUCAAGGAGGUGUUACGGAGGCCUUUGUCGUAACAAAAGAUACAAUGUAUGCAGCCUUCACCGCAGCAGUAUGCGAACGCUUUGGUUUUGAAUUAGGGGGAAAGGUGAUGUACUAUUCAACUAAAUAUGACAAUGCCCAACAUGUGCGACUGUCGAGUCAAGGUGGUUUUGAGGCUAUGCUGCUACUAAAUGCUGAGAUUGCUGAUAUUUAUAUUGAGGAUGCAAAGGAUGUUGUUGUGACAGCUGUGCCAUCUUCACCUCCACCUCAUAUUAGCCCCAGGGCAUCAGAUGAUGGUUGUGGUACUUCCUCUAAAUGCGACAACAUUGUCAGCAAUAGCCCGCAAAAUGGCAUCACUGACGAGUCUCAUAGAAUGCACGGGCAUGGGGAUCAUCUUAUAGGGCCGGGUCAGCUCUUUGAAAGUCCAAGUGCAUUUAAGGAUGCAGUUACCCUCUUUGCAUUAAACAACCACUUUGCAUACAAGUACCUAGACUGCAGUCGUAAAUAUUAUAGGAUCAAGUGCAAGAUGGAAAAGUGUCCAUGGAAAAUAACAGCUGGUUGUGAGGGGGGAACUGACAUAGUGAGAGUGAAACGCUUUAAGAAUGUGCACAACCACACGCCACAGGAUGUUACCAACUACAAGCCGGUUAUACGGUCCAAGCAAUUGGGAAGAAUGAUCGCAAAUAAGGUUCGAGAGAGUCCUACUUAUUUGCCCAGACAGAUUUGCAGAGACUUUGAGAGUGAUUUCACAGUUAAAAUGAGUUACAUGCAAGGGUGGAGGGCUAAAAAGUGUGCAAGAGAGGCUAUUGAUGGGAGUUUGAAUGAUGACUCAACCUCCAUUUCUGUUAUGCCUCCUGAGGGACGCCGUCCUGGUCGGCCACGUAACAAGCAGACUGACUUACAAUUGCAUGACAAAGGGGUGAUCCAUUGCUCGCGUUGCCAUGAAGCCGGCCACAAUCGGCGAUAUUGCAAGGCACCGCCUGAAUAAUGCAUGGUAGUUUUAGCCUUAAACAUAUAGACCAAACCUUCUGUUUUGAAGGAUCAAUAAAGAAUAGUGCACAACCUGUUUGAUUGAGCCAUUUGUUCAGUGGUGGAAGUUCAUAAUCGAUGUGAGAAGUCUUUGUGACAUGGAUGGAGGCUUCUACAAAUAGAGUUCAACUCUCUAGGAUGAGCAAACCAAUAUUGCAGAUGCGCCACCUUCCACUAACCCACCUCUCUUGCAUGCGUGUUGACAAAUAUUUUAUAUUAUCUUUGCUUUCUCAGUUUCUCUCACUCCCUGUUUUCUUUUUACCUCCCUAGCUCCUUUCACACCCUCAAAAUCGGACAAAACACACACACGCACUCUGUAUCUAAGUUUGGUUUAUUACUCUUUCACUUAAGCACUUCUUAUAACUCUAAUAAUUAGUUUUCAAGUUCCAAAUUCCUUG